GACCCUCUCUCCCCUCUAGCUUCUUUUCCGAUGACCACUUCUCUCGAUUUCCCAUUCAUUCUCUGGACUUCCUCGCGAGGGCGUGGGCGCACUGGGCGGUGGCGCCAUUCCAGAAGCCUCUCGUCACUUGCCUUCCCAACACCUCACAGAGCGAUAGCUACAUACACUGCUCUUCAUUUCGUAGCCAAACCCGACCGCUGGGCAUCCUCGCCGGCCUUGUAUUCCGGGGACGUCAUCAAUCACUCUGAACUGACUGAACUUCACGACGAAUCCGAUUUCGAAAGGCUUGCCUCCUCCAACGAUGAUCUUCUCUCCAUCUGCGGUUUCGGUUCUCUUCUCUCCGAGAGGAGCGCGAGGAGUACCUUUCCGGAUCUAAUCAACUUCAGAGUCGCAAGAUUGAACGGAUUUCGCCGUGUCUUCGCUCAUGUUACUCCAGUUUUCUUUGAGCGCGGCAUUGCCAAACCGGAGACCAUGGAGAUUUCAGGCUUGAGUGUGGAGCCUUGUGAAGGGGAAAGCCUUAUAGUUACUGUAUUUGAGAUUCAUAGAUCAGAGAUUCCAUCUUAUAUCAAGAGGGAGAUUGAGUAUCGGUUUCUAGCAGUCUUCCCUGAAACACUAGAUGGGACCCCAUUUACUAGUCCAGCGGUGCUUUGUGCUCGUUACAGUGACGAGGAAUUUUUGCAGAUUAGAUGUAAAGGGAGCAAGGAGAUGUUUUUUGAGCAAUAUGGGCGAUAUAACAUCCACAAGAUUUGGCGAGAUGAUGUCUUCCCUUGCCGUGUUUAUCUUCGGCACUGUUUGUUGGCAGCAAAGAGUCUCAGCGAUGCAGCCUACAACGACUUCCUCGAUCACACUUUCCUUGCAGACCGCAAAACAACCAUCCAGGAAUACUUAGCCACAACAGGUUCAGGCAUCAUGGAAGAGGAGCCUCCAGAAUCCCUCAAGGCCCGUUAUGGUGGUUGAUAUGAACAAGUCCACAGAGCAGAGCCAAAUUUGGUAGCUGCAAAUAAGGCUUCCCAUAUUAGGACAUGAAAUUCUUCAACCUUGCGGUUUGUGCAGGCUAAAAAUAAGGGGGAGAGUCAAUGGAGGCAAUUGAAAUAUGUAAAAGCCCUCUUCACCCCCUUUUUCUCCUUCAAUUUGUUUAGUCACCAUAUUGGAGAUUUAAACUGUGAAUCUUCUAUUAAAUUUAAUGGUUCAUUGUUGGAACA